CGUGCACUUUGCGUGUGUGUUGAUGUUGUGGGUGCCGUUCCGUUCCACUCGUCGUAGAACAGGCCAAGUCCGCCGCGUUUGUUUGACCCGGUGUUCCGGUUCGUGUCCGUCGGUCGCGGGUGUUCCGGUGGUGCCGGUUGAUUAGCUGAGAGUGUUGUGUUUUUGUGGAUGUGCUGUGAUUGUCUGGAAUUCCAGGUCGGGAAGAUUUCGGUUCGCGGAAUGUUGGUUGUGUGCUACGUGUAAUGAUGAUGCUGCAUCCAGUGAUAAAACAAAAAGAAGCACUUUUUGAGUAAUUUAGGUUCAAAGAAUCAUUGUGAUUGUGCUAGAAUCGACGGUGCGAAGGCACUUGAGACAACACCGCGAUCCAGUCAGCGAGCCAGCCGCAGAAGAGGCUCCCUCUCAUACCCAACCCCUCCGGGAACGGAAGACCACCGCAAUUAGGUAUUGGCAGCGCCUCAAAUAAGCAAACAUGGCUCAAGUACUGCGUCCCUAGACUGUUUAGAGCAGGCCGACUUAAGUCAGUAUUCAAGCGGCAUCGAUUGCGUUCGGUUCCCAAGUUCUUCCACCCCGCCGCACAAAAUAUAUCGUAUUCAGGCCACGCGCGUGUGGUCAGUUCCUCAUUGCGAAAAUGAGGUCACCCGCGGGAGCCAUCGGCAGAAGAUUUGCGAAAUUUCUUGGAACAAUCUUCGACGGCGGCAAGGAGGCCGAAGGGAAGGGUCCCACGUACGAGCGGCUAGCCCAAGAACCGCUAAACGGCGUUGGUCAUUUUCAUCACAUGCAGCACAAGGGUGAGGUCAGUUCCACCGGCGAUCCGGAAGAGGACAAAGAGAUGCUGCUGUCGACGGCGGAGGCGUCCACCUACUCGGCCCAGGAGGUCGCGGCCCGGCUGCGGGUGGACGUCCGGACCGGACUGCGAUGGGCCGAGGCCAACAGCCGGUCAAAGAUCGUCGGCUACAACGAGCUAAACGCCCUCGAUGAAGAGCCGACGUGGAUGAAGUACGUGCAGCAGUUCAAAAACCCGCUCAUUCUGCUGCUGUUGGGUUCGGCGGUGGUGAGCGCGGCGAUGCGGCAGUUUGACGAUGCCAUCAGCAUUACGAUAGCGAUCAUUAUCGUCGUCACGGUCGCGUUCAUCCAGGAGUACCGCUCGGAGAAGAGCUUGGAGGAGCUGAAGAAGCUGGUGCCGCCGGAAUGUCACUGUUUGCGCGAAGGCCGGCUGGAGACGUUCCUCGCGCGGAACCUCGUUCCCGGGGACAUCGUGUAUCUGAACGUGGGCGACCGCGUGCCGGCGGACAUCCGGGUGUUUGAGGCGUACGACCUGUCGAUCGACGAGUCCAGCUUCACCGGUGAAACCGAGCCCGCUCGCAAGAGCAUGGAGGUGGUGCUGAACGCAAACAACACCAAGAACCACUCCAGCAUGAAGAACAUCGCCUUCAUGGGAACGCUCGUGCGGUGCGGGAAUGGAAAGGGUAUUGUGGUGAGCACCGCCGAGAAGAGCGAGUUCGGUGAGGUGUUCAAGAUGAUGCAGGCGGAGGAAGCGCCCAAGACGCCGCUGCAAAAGUCGAUGGACAUUUUGGGGGCGCAGCUCAGCUUCUACUCGUUCUGCAUCAUCGGAGCGAUCAUGCUGCUGGGUUGGAUCCAGGCCAAACCGUUGGUGGAAAUGUUCACCAUCAGUGUGAGCUUGGCCGUGGCUGCUAUUCCGGAAGGACUCCCCAUCGUGGUCACCGUCACGCUGGCUCUCGGCGUCAUGCGAAUGGCCAAGCGGAACUGCAUCGUCAAGAAGCUCCCAACAGUGGAAACCCUGGGCUGCGUAACGGUCAUCUGUUCGGACAAAACUGGAACAAUCACCAAGAACGAAAUGACCGUCACCGUCAUCAUCACCUCGGAUGGGUACAUGGCCGACGUAACCGGGGCCGGAUAUAAUGACAACGGCGAGAUUCACAUCCGGGACUGCAACAGCAUGGAAAACGCCAAACGAAGCAUCAACCAGCUGCUGGAAGCCGGCGUAGUCUGCAACAAUGCCAUCAUCCAAAACGACACCCUGCUCGGACAACCAACUGAAGGUGCUCUCCUCGCCGUCGCCAUGAAGAACGGCCAAUACUCCGCCGCGGACAACUUUCUCCGGAUACAGGAGUACCCGUUCAGCUCGGAGCAGAAAAUGAUGGCCGUCAAGGCCGUCCCCAAGUACUCCAACAACAAGGAGGAAAUCUACUUCGUCAAGGGUGCUAUCGAGAUGGUACUCCCACAGUGCACCAAGUUCUGGUACGGCGGCCAAGCCAUCACCCUGAGCAAGCAAAACGAGGCCGAGUUCCUCCAGGAAGCGUACGAAAUUGGACGCAAGGGACUUCGGGUGCUGGCGAUCGCCAAGGGAUCAUCGUUCCAGGAUCUUGUGUACAUGGGACUGGUCGGCAUAACCGAUCCGCCGCGGCCACUGGUGCGUGAGUCGAUCGAGAUGCUGCGGGCCAGCGGAGUGCUGGUCAAGAUGGUGACCGGAGACGCGCAGGAGACGGCGAUGGCGAUUGCCUCCAAGAUCGGGCUGGACAUCGUGCACAUGCAGGCCAUGUCCGGCCACGACAUCGACCAGCUGAGCGAGCUGCAGCUGGAGAAGGUCAUCAACACGGUGUCGGUGUUCUACCGCGUGACGCCCAAGCACAAGCUGUCGAUCGUGAAGGCCCUGCAGCAAAACGGACACAUCGUCGGCAUGACCGGCGACGGAGUGAAUGACGGGGUUGCGCUCAAGCGGGCCGACAUCGGGAUUGCCAUGGGGAAAAAUGGGACGGACGUUUGUAAGGAGGCGGCCGAUAUGAUCCUGGUGGAUGAUGAUUUCCACACCAUCAUUGCUGCCAUCGAAGAAGGCAAGGGCAUCUUCUACAACAUCCGGAACUUUGUCCGCUUUCAGUUGAGUACCUCGAUCGCGGCCCUCUCGCUGAUUGCGCUGUCCACGUUGAUGGGCAUUUCGAACCCGUUGAACGCCAUGCAGAUCCUAUGGAUCAACAUCAUAAUGGACGGUCCGCCGGCGCAGUCGCUCGGUGUGGAACCCGUCGAUCAGGACGUGCUCAAGCAGAAACCUCGCAACGUUAAACAGCCCAUGAUCUCCAAGUCGCUGAUCAUCAACGUGCUCCUGUCGGCCGGCAUCAUCAUUCUGGGAACGCUGUGGGUGUUCCAGCGUGAGAUGGCCGACGGAACCGGGGUUACGAGCCGAGAUACCACCAUGACCUUCACCUGUUUCGUCCUGUUUGACAUGUGGAACGCGCUGAGCUGUCGAUCGCAGACCAAGAGCGUUUUUCAGAUCGGUCUCUUCACCAACCGGAUGUUCCUGCUCGCCGUAGGCUUCUCGCUGCUCGGCCAGCUCCUCGUGAUCUAUUUCCCCCCGCUGCAGAUGGUGUUCCAGACGGAGGCGCUCUCCGCGAUGGAUCUGGUCUUUCUGGUGUCGCUCACGUCGAGCGUGUUCAUCGUGUCCGAGCUGAAGAAGUGGUUCGAGCGCACGAUGGAGCGACGAAUGUACAGAAAGCGCAGCGAGCUGGACUUUGUAUGACAAACAGCUCACGCUGGAAGAUUGCACAAGGACUAAACAAAAAAAAAGUAAGUGGGAAGUAUGCGUUGAAACUGAACAUCAAACACAUCAGCAGCAGCAACAACACGAUGUAAGAGACUUAUUUAAGCUUAACGUUCAACACUGUUCGAGGAAAGCGGAUCGAAUCGACCAUUUCUUUUGCGUUUCCAGUUUAUCAAUAAUUAAGGUAAAACUGAAAAAAAAAAUACUUGACAACAGUUUGCCCCACACACAAACACAACAUUCGUAACUAAAAGUGGACCCUAGACACGUAUACACGAUAGAAAUGAUGAUAUUUUUAAAGGCAAGCCGUAAAAUGAGACAGAAAAAGAGGAAAAACGUUUUGGGGGAAGACACAUGUCCGUUUUCUUACUUAUUUACAAAGGCAGAUAUAGGUUUACUUAGCGCUAUUUAUAAAGUAUUUUUGUAGAUAUUUUAAAUCAAUCAACUAUAACUAUCGCCGGAUUCUCAUUAAUUGAUAGCUCAUAUUUAUGUGUACACCGAAACGUAUGGUUUUGCCAAAAUUCCCUUUAUUUGUUUGUGUAGCCGAUCGUCAAUACAACUUUUUUUUCCUCUCUUUUAUGAGUUAUAAUUUUGUGUUUUUCUUUUACUUUUUCGAGAACAGACGUCCAGAAAUGUUGGUUCGUUGGCAGCACUGCCACAGCGGAUCUUUGUUUGUAAACAAUAGUGUUCGCUGAUCAAAUCAACUUUGGGUAACUUUUAGCAACAUUUUGAUUCUUUCAAAUGAGAGUGUAGUUGUUGGGUGGUCAGCUGUCACUUGACGUAAACAAAAGAUUUCGUUGUGGGGAAAGUGGUUCAAGAAUCGUUCAAAAAUCGAAAUUUUGUUAUUUUUCUUAGAAAAUCAAAAUGUUCACACCGGGAUCGUCAUCUUCACGUGGAUCAAAAAGGUCGAAAGUGUUUUCGCAAAUCUUCGUAACUUGUGGCGCUCAAACCAAAUCAACUUACGCACAAAACUACGGAUCUUUAACUCGAACGUGAAGCUGCAACGGAUCGUUUGCACGAAACAUUUUAACCUCACUUUUCGACACCCCCAGCAAACGUCAAACAACCUACAAACUUGCUGCCGGAUCUUUUCCAGUAGAAAUCCGGUAUAAGAUCCGGCAGUAAACUUGUACUUGUAUGACGUUUGCUGAAGGGACUCUACUUUUCGGUACAACGUGCUGACGGAUCUUAUUUCGGUUUUUCCGGACAAGAUCCGACGGCAUGUUUAUACUGGUUUGACGUAUGGGUUUGAAGUGAGGUGAAAACUUUUCGUAUAAACUUCAAAAGACAAAUCUCGUUCACAUGCAGAUUUGGUGAAGCUUAUAUAAGUAUCCUAAAACUUGAAUUUGAAAUAGCAAGAAGCACGGAACCAAACUAAGCUCGAUCGUUUCGAUAUUACGGUUAUGUUCUGGACGACUGUUCACUAUUAUUGUCUGCUGAUUUCUUAUGUUGAAAGAAAUUCUGUCCCUUCCUAUGCCUUCUAACAUUAAGUAGAUCAGUUGUACAUUCCUUAACUUGCAGACGGCCCGAACGACUCCGGUGUCACACGUCUCAAAUACUAAGUAAAAUGGGUUGUGUUGUGAUACAAAUUGACAAUAAGUACUAUCUUUACCCGCGAUGCAACAGAUUAGAGUCCCUCACAAAUGUAGAGCGCCCUUUGUUUUAGAGCAUUUCCCGAAGAAACCACAAAACUUUGUCCUUCAACUCGUUAUUUCUCUCGACAAUAAUGGAUUUGAAGUCGUAUUGCAGAAGAAUAGAGCGAGCUGUGACACUCUGUUCCCGGGCCGUCUGCACCCUUAGAAUCUUUAAACUGUGUGUGCGUAGUUGAACUGAAAAGGGAAGCAAAAUGAAACAUAUCGAGUAAAACUGCGGUGUCCAAAACCUACUAGCUGAGUGCCCACGUGUGGGCAAUCGUAGAAUGAGAGAUAUGUUCUAGGGCUGCGGUUCAGCGUAGCGAAAAUCUACCUGAACUGCGCGAAAGAGUAUAGAGCAGGUAAAGAGGAGGCGAGUCUUGACGGCAAUUAGCAACAACCUUUACGAUGAUGACAAUAGUAACCAGUUCCGUUACAUAAAGCGUGUGGUGGCAAGGCUGAUUUUCGAAACCGGCUCAACUUGAUGAAACAUUAACCUUAUUUGUUGUGAUAUACUUUAAACCACAUUCACGUGAGUUGUCCCGCGCGGUAGGUAUGCGCGGAAUGUAAUCCCCCGGCUUUCCAAGUGUCGCUGUCAAAGUAGGUAUCGAUGUCUUACGACGUAACCCGGUUGCACAGGCUUGAAGGCGCCAGAAUUUGACCGUUUGUUUUGUUGGAAUUUGCUGUUUUUAAGUUGUUUAGUACCCCAAUUCCUAGAAAGAUAAGUAGAAACACACUUGGAGCGAUUUGGAAAACGAAAACCUAAAAAAUUAGAAAAUAUUUUAACAAAAAACUGUAAUAGAGCUUUUAUAGAAAGUAAAACUUCUAUGAAGCCCACUGUCAAUAGUAUGGCGGAAGCGAGAUUAACUCAAAAUCAGUGUCUUCAUGUAAGAGUGUCUAGCGGGCGCUGUCACCAUUUCAUAACACAUUAACAUAACCCCACUUAUUCGUCUCCCCAGUAAACGUCAUACCAUUCAAAUUUGUUGCUGGUGUCCUACACUGUAACUAGAACUACUUCAUUUUGAGCUAAAAUAACAUUUAUCAUACUUUUUUCAGUGGGUAUAUUUGUUAUAUCACAGAGUUUCAAUCAAAGUUAUAUGACAAUUUAAUGUGUUGAACACCAAAUCGUUUUCAAAUCAUUCCAAGUGUUAUUCUAUCUAACCUUACGAAAAAAAAGCUUCUCAAAACACCAUGAAAACUACGAAUUUCACCUGGAAACUUAAAAAUAAAGUCGAUUGCAGUUUGACAAAAAGCAGCAGAAACGUUUGAACAAUUACCACCAGCAAAAAACAGUUGAUCUGAUUGGUUGUCUUCUAAAACAAUGAGAAAACAAACAAUAUCAGCAGCGCUAACAAGAUCAGCGAAACCAUAACAACAAAAAAAAGAUGUGAAAGAGUCUAACAACAACAUUACAGCAAACAAACACCUACCAAGCAAAUCUUCUAGCGUGAGAAUGAUCGAACAAAUGAUGACAAUUGCAAAACAAAAUGAAAGAAAUUAAAUAAAUGAAUAUACCAAAACAAAUUGUGACAAAACAGAAAUAUUUAACUACCAAUAAACUAAUCGGCAUUUAGACAUGCACAAACUACAGAAAUGAUUUGUUGAAUAGGUUUUUGAAAGUUUGACACACGAUUGAAAAACAACACAGCAAAAUCAAACCCGAAAAUAGAAUAGAAUGAGUUUCUUGUUCAAUAUUUGUGAAUGAUGUGAAAAAAAAAUCUGGUAGGAAAACAAAAACAACAAAAAAAACUCUUCGAUUGUUCUUAGAAGAAACGUAACAAAAAGUGUAAUGUUAAAGAAAAUCUGAAGUAAGAAGCAAGGGAUCACACGUCAACCACAAGAGCACAACAUCAUCAUCAUUUUAGAAGCACAAUCAAUUACUGCAAUCAACUUGAAAAGCACGAGCGUGAACUUUGAAGCAAAGCCCAUCACCAUCAUCAGCACAUUUUUUGAAAGUUGCGAAACUUUCUCAACAAAAAAUAUCACGCAAAUAUCAUCAAUUUAAUGCUUUUCUACUGUGCUGCCUUUUUUCGGCAGCCAAAACAUCAUACCCAAUAAAAGCAAAAUUAUUUCAUUGUACAUACAAGCAAGCCAUACCCAGUAUUAGUUACAAUUUGGUGUGAAUUCAGUGUUGGUAAAAUAUUCCCCUCCUCUCUCUCGAAAAUGAAUUUCAUUCUUCUUCCUUCCAAACUUUGACCACUCUUGCUUUGUCCGCUUCAAGCAAAACUGUUAACACUUAUUCUAAACAUUGAUCGAACUUUUCUGUUGCCUUCACCAAACACACAAACACAUAAAUUCGCCACAUAUCAGAUCGUUCACAAAACAAAACAAUCUCUCUUUUAGGGAGAUCGAUCUCGAAGAUCGAAUGCGAUUUUUCAUUGUGAAGAAUGAUCGCAAACGAAACUUUGAGAUUUUCAAACCCAUUUCCACACAUUCCAGUUUGAGCGUGUGAUUUGACAGAUUGCUACACGCAAAAGUUGAUUAAGUUAAUUUGGUUUUGUUGUUUAGGUUAUUCGCAACGCGGGUUUAUUUCUGAGUAACUUUGUUUUAUUUUUAAAAUUAAGGUUUCUCGCAACGUGGAUUGAUUUUUGAUUAUGUGUUUGUUUAUUCGCAACGUAUUUUAUUUAUUAAAAAAACUUGAAAGAUUCCAAGUUUUAUAUUUGUUCAAUAGAAGAGUGAUUUAUUAAAAUUUUGCGUGUAAAAAUCAAUGUCAAAUAAAACCGUUCAACUCCAUCACUUUCCCUCACCCCGAUGCUGUAUUUCGACUUUUUACUAAACUAUUUACAAGCAUUAUUAUACAUGUGCGCACAGUUCUUUCCUUAUACUCUUAUACAACAACAAAAGAAAUUAAAACAACAAAAAAUAUCAUUGCCAAACCCGCAUCAAGUCUCUCGCAAAUACACAUACACAAAUUACACACUCAAGCAUUAACACACACACACACACACAAACACAUUAAGCAGAUGAUGCAGAAGCGACGCGAAAACAAUAAAAUUGGAGCAACAACAAAAAAAAACAACGGAUGCAUACAUUUGAACGUACCAGCACUACUAAACUAAAAGUGUAUUUAACGCAAAUAUUAAACAACCGAGGCAAAAGAAACAAGAAUAACAUAAUUAAAUGGGUGUAAUCGAUACAAAUAUAACCUAACCAAGUGAAAGAACUGUUACCAUUUGGAAAUAAACCUUCUAUUUUCAGUUUGAUCACGAAAGUGUAAGUGUGAAAUUCACUUCACAGUCGAGUUGAAUGAUUAAAGCAAAGCAGUUUCGCUCCAAUUAUGACGCUUUUUUUCUAAAACAAAAAUGAACAUUUUUUUUUUUUUUGCACAGCUUUUGUGAGGCAUUUUUGAAAUAAAUUACAAAAAAUACAUUAAAAUGGAUACGAGCCGACCAAAGUUUGAGUACUACAAACAUUCUCAAUUGCAAACCUAAUAGUGAAAAUUACAUUUUGAUUUAAUCAAGCAAAGCAACUAUGUAGUACUCAUUCGGAGAAGAAGAAAACAAAAAAAAACUCAUAACACACAUUAACAACAGUGGAACAAUAGACGAUAAACUUUA